CGUGUGGUCCACUGGAGGACUCCCUACAUUCUUCCUCCAUUACCUCACUGCCUCCGGUUGCUGCUGGGAUACUGGAGGACUCGGGUCCCGGCUAGACUCAGUCCUCCAGCAGCCGGGGGAAUACCUCUAGCAGUUCUUCCCUGCCGCCACCGCCGCCCCGCCGCUUCCUCCUCCGCCCGCCCGCCGGCCUUCUUCGCCCCGCCCCGUCCGCGCCGCGCGUCCGGCCCGCCCGCGGGCCCGCUUCUCUCGGGAGCCCCCACCUAGGCGCAUGGCUCCAUGAAGCAGGAGAAGAAGGCAGAGCGCGAGAGGUCCCGUCCACCCCAGCUGCGUCUGGGCCAGGAGAAAAGGUAUAGGAAGAAGGAAUGGAAUCGGAAGGAAGAAAGUUCAUUUCAGAGACAAAAUAACUCCUCUCCUCUGUUAUAGCUGUUCCCCUGGCAAUACAAACUAUCUGCUUUCAGUCAGGGUUCUGCAGCAUUCCAGACCUCGAGCACUGAAUCAGGAUGGGAAAAAGACGUUGUGUUCCUCCACUUGAGCCCAAGUUGGCAGCAGGCUGUUGUGGGGUCAAGAAGCCCAAGUUAUCUGGAAGUGGAACGCAUAGUCACGGGAACCAGUCCACAACUGUCCCCGGCUCUAGUUCAGGACCUCUUCAAAACCACCAGCAUGUGGAUAGCAGCAGUGGUCGGGAGAAUGUGUCGGACUUAACUCUGGGACCUGGAAAUUCUCCCAUUACACGAAUGAAUCCCGCAUCGGGAGCGCUGAGCCCUCUUCCCCGGCCCAAUGGAACUGCCAACACCACCAAGAAUCUGGUGGUGACUGCAGAGAUGUGCUGCUACUGCUUUGACGUCCUCUACUGUCACCUCUAUGGCUUCCCACAGCCACGACUUCCUAGAUUCACCAAUGACCCCUAUCCGCUCUUUGUGACAUGGAAGACAGGGCGGGACAAGCGGCUUCGUGGCUGCAUUGGGACCUUCUCAGCCAUGAAUCUUCAUUCAGGACUCAGGGAAUACACGUUAACCAGUGCACUUAAGGACAGCCGAUUUCCCCCCUUGACCCGAGAGGAGCUGCCUAAACUUUUCUGCUCUGUCUCCCUCCUUACUAACUUUGAGGAUGCCAGUGAUUACCUGGACUGGGAGGUAGGGGUCCAUGGGAUUCGAAUUGAAUUCAUCAAUGAAAAAGGCGUCAAACGUACAGCCACAUACUUACCUGAGGUUGCUAAGGAACAAGACUGGGAUCAGAUCCAGACAAUAGACUCCUUGCUCAGGAAAGGUGGCUUUAAGGCUCCAAUUACCAGUGAAUUCAGAAAAACGAUCAAACUUACCAGGUACCGAAGUGAGAAGGUGACAAUCAGUUAUGCAGAGUAUAUUGCUUCUCGACAGCACUGUUUCCAGAAUGGCACUCUUCAUGCCCCGCCCCUCUACAAUCAUUACUCCUGACACACGGCUGCAUGACCAGUCCCACCCCCCUGUGGCCACCAAUGGCUAUGACAUCAUUGGAGCAGAUGCCUCCUCUUCCUGGUCCAGUUACUUCUAUUACUGCACCAUUUUAUGAUGCUAGCUUCCGUUGCCAAGUCUGCCUCCAGCUGACUGAGGGGGGGUGGGGUUAUACUGAAUGAAACAGAACUUGAGGGGCCCAAGCCUUAUCUCAGCCUUUCCUCAAUAUGGGGUUCCGUUGGAUUGGGGCUCCUCCAUGACUAGUGAGAAUUACUGUGUGGGUUCAGAAGAUCCUUGGCAUGCAGGUGCCACUGCUGAUUGCUGCCUCUGUGUUGGCCACACAGUGGAAGCCGGAAUUGGUGGUUCAUGAAGUCUUACCCCACACACACCCCUAUAGCCUCCCCAGAUCAAGUAGGUGUAUUCCCAUGGCAGUCUGGGCAACGGAGACCAACAAGAAACAUUUUUAGGUUGUUUUAAAUUCCUUUUUUAAACUUCCAGUUUAUUGCGUACCAAGAGUUGAUCACAACCUCCAUGCUUCAUAAGUGGACGCCAUGUUAGGGUUGAACGUGGGCACCAUGAGUCCUCUGAGGCUCCUGGACAGAGACCCACAUCAAGAUCGGAAGCCCUUUGGAUGGCGUUGCAGAUCUCAUUGCUCAAUUAGCCUCGAAGGUUUUAAUUCUCAUCCCACUCUCAGCUGGAUUUUCUGGCACUCUUCCUGCAUUGAGUCUCCUGGUAUUGAACAGAGCUCUGUGGUGUAGCCUGCUGAGGACUGGACUGGGAUGCCCUUGGGAGGUCCUGAAAUCAUCGCUGUAUGCAGUGAGAAAGGAGAGACCUCUUCCUUACCACCUGGCUACCUCACUCCUCUACUGGUAGCAGUGCCUAUAGCUGGAUCUAGGUUCUCAGAAGGCAUAGGUUUUCCAACAAGCACCUGGGUUGGGCUUUAGAAGGACACAUUGUCAUAGGAGAGAAUCCAGGGUCUCCAAGCUGUUUUUCUUUUCAGGCAAACAUCCUGAGGGACCUUUAAGUAGAGGAGUUCCUUUGUCUAGUUUGCCUGGAGAAGUGGGAAGACUGUUGCUGUUUCAGUCCUUUCCAGGACUUUAGAACAAAGCAGUGUAAUUAAACAAGAUGAAUCUUUAUCUUGCCUGACAUGCUGGGAAUCUUCACCCCACCGUGGCAAAGUUCCAAAUAGCUCAUUUUAUUCUAGGUCAUUCAGACUUUCAUGUGGCAUAUUUCCCCUCCCCGUUGUUGCUGACUCCAAAUAGCUGUCAGCAGGUUUCUCCUCCCUCUUGCCUAUUCCUCCCUCAUUUGGUGGCAGAGUUCAUAGAAGCUGGGGACUUGGAAAAUGCUUUGGAAACGUCACAGAGGCACUGCUGAAAAGAUUCACAGGAAGAGGUGGCCAAUUGGAAGAAAGGACCUGGAGGGUGAUACAGUGGUUUUCAACAACAUGCUUAGAGAACUCUUGAAGUGGAUUGGGUGUCAAUCCGGUGAACACCAUUGUUUUGAUUUAAUUUAUUUUUUAAAGUUUAUGUGGUGAUGGUGUGGCUUUCCAAAAUGGGCAAAUAUCCAAAUCAAAAGAAAUUUUUGAGUUUUCUUCUGCCAGAAAUGGGGGAGGGGAAGCAGGGACAUAAUCCAAGAAACGACACACUUGCCAUUCUAGGUAUUGCUGUCUCAUUUCUUGGAAGAAAUGGAUGAGGGUGAGCAGAUUUGCUUGGUACCAUCCUCUGCUGUUCAUGAGGAUAUGUAAUGUGCAAGGGAAGUGGGCUGACUUCAGGAUGCCCGAGUCAGGCUGCACCACCCUAUCUUAACUGUUGUGCUGCGUUCUUGCAUCCUGCCACUUUUCCCUUGCAAGGUUAAUGAAAGAAAGCUUUUGAAGAUGAAGGGAUUGUUUCGUGAUUUCCUGCUGCUGAGAAUAAUAAAUGUCUUGUUAACAAACAAA